CUACUAGCGGUUACGUCAUUUGAGCACAACAUGGCGUCCACCAGCAGUCGAGAAUGGAGGUCUGUGUGCGAGAAAUUUCGCAGCGCUCAAGAGCUUUCCGAAAUAGAAUCGCGAAAAGAUCCCGAAAACGAGCCUUUCCGCUCUAAAUAUAAAGCCAGGGAGCUGCUGAAGGAGAUUUACUGCAUGGUAAAGAAUUUCGACGUAGACGACAGUGAGAAUGAGGACCGAGAAACGGACGGUCAGUCAGAGGAGCCAGGAGACGGGGAGGCGGUACAUGGAGGAGUUAAUAAAGCGCACGCAGGCGACUCUCAAGCCGGACUCCGAGCCGCCAAGCUCGGCGUGAUUGACUAUCACCUGGGAGUGAACCAUAUCGAAACCGAGGAGCUCUCCGCUGGCGAAGAGUACUUAAUGAACUGCAUGAAAUUACUGGAGGAGUGUACUGUAACACGGGAAAACGUCUCGCUGUUCAUACAAGUCAGGAACCAGCUUGGCAUCUUAUGGGCCGGACGUGACGAAACCGAGAAAGCUCAAGGCUUUUUAGAAACGGCGGAGUCCAUUUAUGUCCAGUACAUGAAAGAGGAUGGCCAACCACCACUGGAUUUGGUAGAUUUCUUUGUGCUAGAGGAAGAUGCACCAUCCCAACAAGAGAGAAUGAGGAGAUUUGAAAUGGCAUACACGCACACACUUUAUUAUCUGGCUCAAGUGUAUAAAAAUCUGGGUCAGUAUGAGAGAGCAGGACAGUACUGCCACAGCACAUUGCAGAGGCAGCUGAAGUUCAGCCAGUUUGUGCCACUCGAGUGGGCCAUCAAUGCUGCCACUCUGUCACAGUAUUACAUCACCAAGACGCGAUACAUGGAGGCACGACACUGUUUGGCUGCAGCUAAUGUCAUUGCUGGCCUGGCUGGAGAAGUCCCUUCAGAAGCUGCUGCCAAAGAAAGUGAAGCUGAAUAUGAAAAACGUGAGCAAUUGUGUCAGAAAAGAGCUGAAAUUGCAAGGUGCUGGAUCAAAUAUUGCCUUAAUCUGCUACAAGAUUCUAAAAAGCUUUUGGAGGACAACAUUGGAGAGUUAGACCUGGACCGACAGGAAGAGCUGCAGAGAGCACGACAGGAUGAGGAGGAGUUAAAAGAGAUAGGAAGAAAAACAGCAGUUCUCUUUGAUUCUGCCGACACGUUCGAUUCAAUUUGCAGCCAGGAGGAGAAAGUGAGCUGCAUAUAUCCAUUAAACUUUGAAGAAGCCCGUGCCAUCUUUCUGGUGGGUCAAAGCUACGUGACGCAGGCCAAGGAGUAUUUCGAGAUGGAUGGUCACGUAACAGACCACAUUGAGAUCCUUCAGGAUCACAGCGCUCUUUUUAAGGUCUUGGCAUUUUUUGAGGAGGACCUGGAGCGCCGCUGCAAGAUGCACAAGCGCCGCGUGGACAUGCUCGAGCCCAUCUGCAAGGACCUGAACGCUCAGUACUACUUACUGAUCUGCCGACAGUUGCAGUUCGAACUCGCUGAGACCUUCUACGAAAUGAUGGACUUAAAACUGGCCGUGGCUGAAAAACAGGACCAGCCAGACGCACACACCAUAAAGAAGUUCAACCACUUGUGCUUGGCAUCCAUCAAGUACUACCAGAUGUUCCUGGACUCCAUCCGCUCACCAGAGGGCAAGUUUCCAGAAAAACUCGAAGACGAUCUGCUGAGACCGGCACUGGUGGCUAAGUUUCGUAUUGCUCGACUUCAGUCCAAGAUCAUCUCAGGAAACUUGGCCACUCAAUUGGAGAAUCUCAGCCUCUCACUGGAGUCAUACAACUUUGUUGUGCAGUAUUGCGAAGAGCACCCAGAAGCCAAGAAGGCUGUGGAAACUGAACUGGAGCUGAGUGAAGAAAUGGUGUCCCUCCUUCCUAUGAAGAUCAAUAGAAUACAGUCUAGAAUGGCCUCCUCUAACUAAGAUGAAAUAGUGAUCACUUUGUAAAGAUGAUCACUGGCUGUAAUGAGAGCUGACAUGGAAAUAAAACUACUUCUGUUCCACUUUAACUCUAAACCGUCAUUACAGUAGGUCAGAAUAUAUACACUUACCAGUCUCCAUAUUAGUGACACCCUAUAUUCCCAAUCUGGUCUAGCUGCCCUUUAAUUCAUCUUUGCUUGUACAAACCUGGGAGCAGACUAACUUUGAGAGCUUUUUCCUGUACUUUCCUGGCUGAACUGCAUGCCUCAAUUAUCACUAAUUUAAUGGCACAGUGCAUUGUGAUGUCUAUCACAUCUGUUCAAGAUAGCAAUGUUAAAUAUAAUGUAACUGUUAAAUGCAUUUAUGCAUAAUAAUAAAUGAAUUUGUUUUCGUUAGUUUGUCUUAUUCAUUCUUAAUUGGAUGACACAACAUUCAAAUUUUUCUUAGCAGCCUGAAAUUGUCAGCUGAGUGCUGCUGCUUCACAGCUCCAGGGUCCCCAAUUUGAUACAGAGCUUGGGUUAUUGCCUGUGUGGAGUUUCCUCCCACCUCCCAAAUAACAUGCCAGGCGAUUGGCUACACUAAAUGUGUGCACAUGGUGUACUGUAAUGGACUGGUGUUCCAACCAGGAUGUACAACUCGUGCCUAGUGUUACUGGGAGUGGCUCCGGAUCCAUCGCAUCCCUGACUAGGAUCAAGUUCUUACUGACAGUGAAUGAAUGAAAGAAUGAGUGCUUAAUAUAUGACGUGAACAUCGUUACUUUCUUAGCAUGUGGAGACUGAGCUUUUGAACAUAAAGCUAACAUUUUCAAUGUGAUUAUUACUUGUUAAUGAUUAAUUAUCAUUAGUCCUUUGCAGUACUUGGAUGUUAAGAGGAGAUGUUUACAUGAUUACUGGUUUGUCCUCAGUUUCAUUGGAAACUGAUGUUAUACCUGCAUGAUGACUAAUGGGGGAGCUCUGCUUCUGUCUCUGGCUCAUUUCUAACUGAUAAUUUCCAUUCUGUGGACUGGGGACUGUUACACAGUAUUUAAGAUGCUGUUUAUUUCUUCAGCGCAGACAUACCCAAACAGGUCUCCAUUAUUAUGGUGCUGUGUGAUCUAAGUAAUUGUUUAGGAAUGAUAUGUUAGUAGGGCUUUCUGUCUCGGUUACCAGAGGAAUACAGACACGACUCCAAGUGUUGUACCGACUCAUUAUCUCUGGAAAGUACCAAAAUGGUUCAGCAGUUACUUGCAUGUUUAGAAAUUAAUUGAUUUUAUCAAUGGAAUUCACCUGUUUUUUUUUUCUUCCUUCAUUCUCAGUUCACCAUAUUUGUAGCAGAAUUACUUUGAAUACCCUGUAUGUGAAUAUAUUUGAAAGCUUCAAUUAUUGUCAUAGUCUGAAGGCUAAAAGUCUGUAACUGUUACACCUUUACUUUUGCUCAGAUGUCUCUCAGUAGGGAGUGGAGCUUUUCUCCUAUCUUACCAGGGUUUCACCACACAAAUUUUCUAGCAUAACGCACUUAGCAUAUUACUUUACCAUUAUUAUUGAUAUAUCUCAAGGAGGCAUGUCAUGGCCUAUAGCUUUCGAUGUUUCAGUUAUGAUUCAGAAUCUUGGAAUGUUGAUUUUGAACAUCUCAAACUCCUAGAACACGUUAAACGUUAGGAAAGGGAAAUGUCUGUACACCAGUUAAGCCACUACAUACAGUUUUAUUUCAUCAUUGUUCCUCCUAGAGAGCUUUAAAAAAAAAAAAAAAAAAAAAAAAAAAGUACACCAUGUCUUGUUUUUGUUUGUGAUUAGUAGCGAAAUUUGAACUGUGCAAAAUUGGGGAAUAUUGAAUAUGAUUUACAUUAGCUUGCAUUUUUGCAAACCUUAUGUCUUAUAAUCUUAUGAAUCAUGAUUUUCAUUAUAAUAAAUUCAGUUGUUCCAGGCA